CUUUUCAGGAUACAUCACCAUACACAGAAGAGGCUGAUUAUAUGUGUUAAGGAAAUGUUAUAAAAAAUUCUCAACGAAGUUUAAGUAAAAUGAACGCUCUAAUCACGUUACCAAUUUAAGACAUAAAUCCUGUGGAAAAAAAACGAAAAACAGUACGUAAUAACGAUGACUUCUUAUGAUGGCCCGAGUACCGUAUACAUUAGCGAAGACGAAUACAACGAAGCUGAGGAGUAUUAUGACGUCACGCCAGAGAACCACCAGAGAAUGACAUCAGAUGACGUCAUGGAAUCGGCAGCUUCUCCCCACCAAUCACGUUCGUCUCUGAAGUCACGUGACCGUCCUCAUGGGUGGAGUCUCCACUCGUUGUACACACGACUCAUAAAAACCUUUCACAGAGCGUGGAAGGAAGUCAGAUUUAGCGACCACGACCCCGACAGCGUGGAGAUGAACAUCGUGCGGUACAAGCCGGACGGGAUCGAGGCCUUGGCGAGGACGACGAAAUUCAGCAAGAAGGAACUGCAGCUCAUUUACAGAGGGUUCAAGGCGGAGUGUCCGAAUGGCUUCGUCAGCGAAGAAACUUUCAAGGGUAUAUACUCGCAGUUUUUCCCUCAAGGAGAUGCGACGGCCUACGCGCACUACGUCUUCAACGCGUUCGAUGUCGAGCAGCAAGGGUCGAUCAGCUUCGAGGAAUUCGUGACGAUCCUGUCGGAGCUGUCGCGGGGCAGCGUGACGGAGAAGAUCCGCUGGGCCUUCAACCUGUACGACAUCAACGGCGACGGAUACAUCACCAAGGAGGAGAUGCUGGACAUCGUGACGGCCAUCUACUCGCUGGUCGGCCGCAACGCCAUCCCCGCCGUCGAGGAGAACACCACGCAGGAGCACGUCGACAGGAUAUUCGAGAAACUCGACAUCAAUGGCGAUGGAAUGGUUACUCUUGACGAAUUCAUGGAAAUAUGCACAACAGACGAGACCAUCGCCAACUCGCUGACGAUCCUGGACACGAACUUCUGACCCGAGGCCCCGCCCAGCGCCGCCGCCACGCCGCAGGACCACAACUGCAGCAUGUAGAGGCGGCUCCCUCAGGCUGCCGCGCCUCGGGGGAGCCGCAGGUACAGGUCACAGCCGCGACGGGGUCAAAGGUCACGAAGGCACACCUGGAAGUGCCCCGUGGCGUGACUGCAGUGUGGCGUUCCCAGGGGGAGCAUGGAAAGCCUGAGGGACAAUCUGUGUUGCCGACGUUCUUCGCCGAAACGCUGAUAUGAGUUCGCGUGAGAGGGACGCCUGGUCGUCGGACUCAAAUGUGAUGCCGAGAAAUG